AUGGUCAAGACACUUCCCUUCGGUGAUAUUCAGGUCCCAACACCAGGUUUCGGUGCCAUGGGAUUGAGCUUUGGUUUAGGUAGCAACAUGAGCCUCGAGGAAGCUGAACCAGUCUUGCUAAAAGCAAUUGAAUUGGGAUGCACCUUCUGGGAUACUGCCGUUGUCUACCAAGCCGGUGUGAACGAAAAGCUUUUGGGAGACUUCAUCAGGAAGCACAACGUCCGUGAUAAGAUUUUUAUUGCCUCCAAGUGCGGGUUCAACGCCAUUGGAGGGGAUAUGUCCGUCACGAACUCCGCCUCGCAUAUCAAGGAGUACAUCGAAGGAACCAUUGAGAGACUUGGCUUCACGCCUGAUCUGUACUACCUCCACCGGAUUGACCCCAAUACGCCUCUCACCGAGUCCAUUCCAGCUCUUGAUGAAAUUCGCAAGGCACGGAAGACCAAGUACAUUGGACUUUCAGAAUGUUCAGCUGCGACACUACGCAAGGCAAACGCUAUUGCUAAGAUUGAUGCUGUCCAAGCCGAAUAUUCAGCCUUUGAGACAAUCCACGAGACAGAUGGCUUGAUCGAUACAGCCAAAGAGUUGGGUGUAGCGUAUGUCGCCUACAGUCCACUGGGACACGGCUGGCUCGUCGAUAACUUCGAUUACAACUCUCCGGACGAUUUUUCCCCUGACGAUUUCCGCCGAAAAUGUAUCUACCCAUUUCAUAAGCCCCUAAUCCUAAACUGGAUAUCGUCGCUAACACAAUUCCUCUCGAUAGCUCCCAAAUUCCAAGGCGAGAACUUCUACAAGAACCGCGCCAUCGUCGAGGAAAUCAAGAAGCUCGCCGUCCGCAAGGGAUGCAAGAUUAGUCAAAUCGCGCUUGCUUGGGUUGUCUCCCAAGGAAUGAUCCCCAUCCCGGGAACAACCAAGGCUGCUCGCCUGGAGGAGAACUGGGCAUCUCGGGAUAUUGAGUUGACCGAGGAGGAAAAGCAAGCAAUGCGCCAAAUUAUCGAUGCUGCUAAGCCACACGGUGAAAGAUAUGGUCCCGCGAAUCAGGCUCUGGUUGGACAUUAA